AGCAAUCAGUAAAGUAACGGCCCAAAGGGCAAAAACCCUAGCAAUCGCCUUCUUUGUCCUCUCCCUUGCUCGGUCUCCACCUCUCUCGCCGCUGCCUCGCCUCCGUUCCCCCCUUUGCCGUCGUAGCCUCGCGUCCAGCCUUCCAUCACGGCAUUCCGGUUUUCCAUCUCGACGUAGCAGUUGGCGGUCGCAGCCGACCAAGACGAUCGAGAAGGCUUCUCGGAGUUGCAGUCGGUGGUUGCAGCCUUCUUGGCGUUGCAGUCGGCGGUCGCAGUCCUCCCUCGCCGUCGCUCGCAGCGUCGCCUCGGCUCCCUCACCCUUGCCUCCACCCUCCAUCACCUUCUUCCCUUCGCACCUACAGUUCCAACACGUGUUGACCGCGUAUCCGUACGUGUCUGAGCGUGUCCGACACGACACGGAGGCCCUCUGAACGUGUCCGUGCUUCCUUGGUAGAAAUUUUUUCAGUUCAAAAAACUGAUUUUUCUCGUGUUAUUUUGUGAAACAAUCAUGGCUUUACAAUGUGUGAUGAAAGUGUAUAUAAACAUCACUUAUAUUUAGGUGUGCCAGACCGGAUCUGGAUAUCAAAAAAAAAAUUCACUUAUGACUUGGACAACUGAAAGCAUGGUUUGCUGGAAAAGCCAGCAAUGACUUCCCACGGGUCAGUAUGGAUGACUUGGUCUUCCAGUGUGCUGACUGACUUGGCUGCAGCUGAAGCAUCGGCAUCAACGAAACUAGGUUAACAAAAACCGGUAAGAGGAGAGCCAGAGGAAGCACAGACUGGAAAAAGAUAAGAUGAAAGCGGUUUUGAUGUGUUUUCUUCCGAUGGCCUUGGCCUUGACCACUUAUACCGAGAAGGACAACUGUGAACGAAGGUGUGGCAACAUGAUCGAGCCUUACCCAUUCGGGCUCAAUAAAAGUUGUGCGUGGAGCUCCGACCACGUCCUCUUCUGCAACCACAUAUCAGGGAACCUGUCCCUAGGCAAGAAAAAUCCAGUGUUCAACAUAUCCUUGGAGAGUGGGACAAUGACCAUUGGCGUGGAUAGAGCUUUAGACUGCUAUGACGAGAAUGGCCGUCCACUUAACAGCACUUCCCGUAGCCCAUGGGUCACAUUGGGCGAAGACCGGCACUAUACACUCUCAGACAUCCGGAACAAGUUCACUGUCUUCGGUUGCGACACCUUGGGUCUUAUCAGGGAUGCCCCCGAGACUUUCUGGAGAGGAUGCUUCUCCUAUUGCGGCCACGAUGUCAACUUCACGGCCGAGAGCACUUGCUCCGGCCCUGGGUGCUGUCAGACGUCGAUCCCUAAGAGCCUUAGGAGCUUCAAUAUAUCCAUGAGCAGCGCAAUGAAUUACGCUUCAGUUUACAACUUCAGCUCUUGUGGAUCAGCGUUCUUAGUGGACCAGGACUCAUUUAAUGUCUCCGAUUACAAACUUCCUGUCCCACAUGAUAUGCGCGUUAAAAAAUACUCAAACGUUGUCCUGGAUUGGGUAGUUGAACGGGAUUUGACCUGCAAAUAUGCGCAAUCGAACCGAUCGAAGUAUGCCUGCGGCGCCAACAGCAUCUGCUAUGACUUCAAAAAGGGGAAGGGUUAUCGUUGCUUCUGUGAGGUCGGGUACACGGGGAAUCCCUAUGCCUCCCAACUGUCCCCUGGAUGUCAAGUGAUUGCCCUGCCCAUCUUCAGCAUAACUGCUAUUGCUUUAGUCUUUGACAAUUGGAGGAGGAGAAGAAAACAGAAAAACUUCAAACGAAAUGGAGGAGAGCUCUUGAAACACCACAGAGUUCAAAUCUUUACUGAAGCAGAGCUGGCAAAAGCAACCAACAACUAUGAUGAUAGCAAUAAGCUUGGUGAAGGCGGUUUCGGUUCAGUCUAUAGAGGGAGAAUUGCUGGGGACACCAUGAUCGCGGUCAAGAAGCCUAAAGACGUGCACAAAUCUAUAAUAAAGGGUGAUUUCCAGCAUGAACUUGAAACUGUGAUGCAAAUAAACCACAAAAAUGUGGUGAAGCUCCAUGGCAUAUGUUUGGAGACUAGAAUACCAUUGCUGGUUUAUGAAUACAUUUCGAAUGGUACCCUCUUCCAACACAUCCAUCAGAAUGCUUCAACCAUCUUAAGAUUGUGGAAAAACCGACUCAGAAUAGCAGCCGAAGCUGCUCUUGCACUCGAGUAUAUGCAUUCUUGCGCAGAACCCCCAAUCAUUCACGGUGACAUCAAGUCGGCGAACAUACUUUUGGAUCAUAAUUACUUAGCAAAAGUGUCUGAUUUUGGAACUUCAAUACUAAUAUCACCAGAGCAUAGUAAUAUUGUGGCCACUGAAAUACAAGGCACAUUGGGCUACAUUGAUCUAGAAUAUUUAACCACCGGCAUGUUAACAAUUAAGAGUGAUGUAUACAGUUUUGGAGUUGUCCUCAUGGAGUUGCUCACAAGAAAAAAGCCAACAAGUUUCAUUACUAAGUUUGGUGAGUCGAUCAAUAUUAUCCAUUAUUUCAUCUCUUCCGUGAAGGAUAAGACACUUUCCGAUGUCAUAAACUUCGAGGAUGCUAGUCGAGAGGAAAUGGAGAGAGUAGGAAUGGUUGCUGAGAUUGCAGUGAAGUGCUUGGACCAAAGCAGUGCGAAGAGGCUGGCAAUGAGGGAAGUGGCUGAGCAACUCGCAAGGAUUAACCACGAGCUCGACAGUUUGACAGUUGAAGAAAACAUUGAGGAGACCAAAUGCGAAGUGGAUGAAGAAAACCUCCCCUCCCAUUCGACUUCAAUUACUUGCGUGACGAGCCAACAUGGUACGUCUAGCUCUUUAUUCUGAUCAGGGAAUGGAUUCAGCAGGUUCCAACAUCUAAUCCUUAUUACCAUAGCAACAUGUCUAUUAACCGUCCAUAAGGACUUCCAGGGUCGAUCGUGCAUUCAGAAUAUAUAUUAUGUUUGGCAUUUGCUUUGGACUUAUAGUUGUGCAAGCAUCGUGUAAGUGUCACAAUCUAUAUAAUAUAUGUACAGCCACGCACUGAAGUAGACUUGUAGACAAUAUCAUAAUCUCUC